GAGUAUCGGGUAUAAAAACAGGAGACAGCUAUGUUUAUAGAGCGGGACUUAAUUCAGCUAACCGCAGUGGUCCGCUGCUGCUUGAACCAGCGUCGAGCUAAUGUGAGCCGUUGCUUUACGAACCUGAAGCUAUUAAAAAAAUUGGAUGUGACCAAGCUAAUGCUGCUGCGUAAUCCACAAAGUGUGGAAACGAUCCGUUCGAUGCGACGAUAUGUGGGAAAUUUGAAUGUCUGGAAGAUGGACGCCUCCGAUGAGGCUGCGUUCAAUGCACAGGCCAAAAUCAUUCGUCAAAAGGCCACGAUCAUUUACGAGCGCUUCCAAACGGUGCUCAACUUAGCUGAGGGGGAAGACUUCUGGCCAGAUUUCUGCAAUGAGGUCAAAAUUUACAAGGCCAACACUAAAAACAUCAAUCCAAAUCUACGCAACGCCAUGGACGAAGCCACGUACUACAACCUCGUUGAAGCCAAACAAGGGAAUACCCCAGCUCCCGCUAAAGAAUAGGAAAACAAACCAUUCAAUUAAAGCCCAAAAAGACGACUUCCCAAAGGGCAAACUUCUAUUGCUAACUUCACAAAAUUACCACAACAUGCACAUGAAUAUCAAGUUCCUUAUUUGACUUAGUUUAGACGAUGGACCAUCAACAUCCCGCCGAACCAAUUAACUCUAAUCCACAUACGAAGUACAAUGUGUUUGAUUAACAAUAAAUAAAGCUAUG